AUGGUGGUACAGUUUGAGGACGCAGUGACAGAAGCAGUGCAGAGUGAUGCAGACCUAGCUGCCUAUUUUUCCUCAUAUCAGGAGGCACGUCGCCGCCUGACAGAACGUGCCAAAUUCAGAGGAUUUUGGCCCGUGAGAAAAGGAGGGAAAAGUGGGGGCAAGAAAGGUUUUGGAAAAGGAGGCGGAAAAGGAAAGUCACUAGCACAGAGGAUAGCUAAUUCUACGUGCAGACUGUGCGGGAAAAAGGGUCAUUGGAAGGCCGAAUGUAGCCUUCGUCAAUCAGCCUCGUCCACUGGCCCUCCAAGUGAUGGAUCAACAGUUCCGAUUUCCAUGGCGGUCGUCGACGAUGUGCCAACAGAGAUCCCGCCCGAGAUCUCCCAUUUGCCUGAGAUGAGAUUUCCCGAGCCUUUGAAUGAACUGAGCAUUCGUGCCAACCACCGUGAGUACAACAAGUCGCAGAAGAAGCAGAUCUCUCGAGAGGUCGUGAGUGCCAUGACUCUGGAAGAGUUAGCCAGCGAGAAGAUCACCUUCGGAGAGUCAAAGAAGGGUAUGACCUAUGCUCAGGCGUUCGAGGACGCACAAUGGACCGAGUUCAUUUUGAACAGGUUCGAGAUGAGCGACAAACCAGAGCACAUGAUGUUUGUGCAGUAUGUCCGUCUGCGCCUGAAGGAUGUCCAGGUGAAGACCAAAACCAGCAACCAGAGCCCCAAGCCGAAAGAGAACAAGAGCAUGCCUCCCGUUCCACAGGAGGUUUGGGAAGAUGUCAUGCCCACGGACGGCUCAAAUCCAGCCGACCUGAUGCACCUGCCCUUCAUUCAGGAGGAGAUGCAAGAUCUACGACAGAGCAACCAGCAUCUGUCCAGUCGAAUGGGACAAGUCGAGAUGAUGAUGCACGAGAUGAUGGAGCACAUGAAGAAGAUGCAGGCUGAUCUGAUCCGGCAUGGUAUGUUUGCAGAAGAGGUGCAUUUGAACAUGACCCUGGACACAGACUUUGACUUCACACAUGAUGUUUCCAACAACAGUUAUCACCGACGAAUCCAACGUAUGGUAAAACAAUUUCAAUCUGAACUUGACCAAGUGAUUCAACAAAAUCAGAAGAACAAGUUUCGACUUCCUCAACUUGAUUUGUUUGAAGUCAUGUGUUCCAGUGACAGUGAACUCACAAAGCAAAUGUCGUCCAUUGGUGGUCGCUCCAAAAGAUUCGGAUUGGCAGAAGGUGACCUCCAAACAGCUGCAGGACGCCGAAGAAUGUUUCAAGUGUUGACCACCCAGAAUCCCAAGAAUCUGUGGUACAGCCCUGAAUGUGGACCCUGGGUGUGUGGACACGGUUCUGUGUGGAAACCGCCUAUAGGUCUUAUGUGGCGGAAUGAAUCACUCCAUGGGUUGCAUGACAUUCUUCAGAAACGUCUUGCAAGCCUCUGGCAGAUCAGCUUAGCCAUUGUUCUGUAUCGAUUUCAGGUGCAGAGAUCACUGCAUUUUCACUUAGAACAGCCGGAUGGUUCCAAGAUGUUGCUGCUCCAACCACUAAGUGAAAUUGGUGAACACACAAGGCUUUGCCGCUUUGACCUCUGCCGCAUGGGCAACUUGACCGAUCCAGAAUCAGCCAUGCCCAUCCGAAAGCGUUUGAACGUAGCAACAACGUCAGAUCCGUUGGCCCGAGCCAUCCAUGGAAAGCUGUGCAAUCCCGAUAUUAAACAUGAGGGAAAGCGUAUGUCAUUGUCCACUUUUACUGAGAAGUAUCCAGCCAAAUUUGCUCGACAGGUAGUCAAGAUCUUGCUUUAUGAAGUUCCAAAGGAAAAGCCUGUGUUUGCAAUGGAUGACCCACCUUCUCAGGAAAAUAACAAUGAACACCCAACCAAGAAGAGACGCCUCAUGUCAAAAUUGAGUCCACAAGCCAUUGCACAGCGAUUUGCUGACGCCAGCUGGCAGACAGUGAUGAGACGUGCCAAUGUAAUGGCCCCACGUGUUGGACCACUGGUGAUUGACACUGGAGAAAUCAUUCAUGAGAUUUCCAUGUUAUGUCCUGAACAUGAGAUUAAACAUGUGGUCCUUUGUCGUGGCACAGACCGAUAUCCUGGCCCUACCAGAAAUGUUCCACCAGGUAGUGCUCCUCUAAGAAAACGCAUCUGCAUCCGUCGCAAGCAUGAAGAUGUGGUUGUUGAUGAUGAAUGGGAGCCCUGGGAGAAACUGACAUUUAAAGGCUUGCGUCGAAAGGGAACGCCAGCCAGAGUCAGUCUGACCAUAUUUGCCAAAGCCAAGACAGUUGUAGGCCAAGAGAUACCUGUUUCCGAACAUGUUCCAGUGCAGUCUCAAUCUUCUGCCGACGUCCGUGCUGUUCGCUCUGCUGAGUUCGAAGGAUCAGAACCAGAACCAAAGCGACCGCGCACUCAUGAGCCAAUGGAUGUGGCCCAAAGAGUUUCCGAACCAGAAAAGACCGAAUCAAUAGAUCGUCAUGUCAUUGACCUAGCCUCUCAGAAACAUGGACCACGUUUCAUGAUGUUGAAGCCAGAAACUCAGGCAUGGCUUCUCAAAGUUCACCGAAACCUGGGCCACCCCCGGGAGCUAUGA